UAAUCAGCUGUGUCCAAUCACAGCUGAUCACAUGUAAAUAGGAAAAUGCCAGUUAUCGGCAUUUCACUCCUCACGAGCUAGGGGACAUGUACACUGAUCAUCAGGGCACUGAUGAUCAGUGUGCCCUGAUGAUCAGUGUAGCCUCAGUAGUGCCACCUCUCAGUGUCAAUCAAUGCCAGCUGUCAGUGCUCAUCAAUGCCACCUGCCAGUGCCCAUCAGUGCCACAUCAAUGCCAUGUAUCAGUGCCUACCAGUGCACAUCAAUGCCAUAUAUCAGUGCCCAUCUGAGCUGCCUUUCAGUGUCGCCUAUCAGUGCCAGUCAGUGCCACCUAUCAAUGCCAGUCAGUGCCACCUAUCAGUGCUGCCAAUCAGUGCCACAUAUCAGUGCCAGUCAGUGCCGCCUAUCUGUGCGCAACAAUGCCGCCUAUCAGUGCCCAUCAGUGCUGCCUAUCAGUGCCGACUAACAGU